AUGCAUGGGUUUGGUCCGGCAGCUGGGGGAAAUCUCAACGCAUUUGGCGACCCUCCCUUUUGCUCGACGAAAGGAAGUCCUCGAGUGGCGGCUGAGGAAGGUGAAGUUGUCGACGGGCACUUGGUUGGAUGCUUCCUACUUAGUGAGUGGAGUAGCUCUACGCCCUUCCAUGUAUGCCUGUCGUUGGAGCAGUCUUCCUCUAGCAUUGAAGAGAACACCGGUAUCGCCCUGGAAGUCGACUAUGGUCAAUACGGCGGAACACACAACAGAGAGGAGGAGGAUGACGACGAGCGUUUCGAAGAGGCCUUCUGGAUGGACCAAGGAGGUAUCCCGAUCGGUCCCUUCUGGUGGAGUUGCCUCGCUGGUGGCGAAGGCAGGGGGUAUGUCGAUUCUGCAGGAGCAAUUGGCGCUCUCGAUGAUAUCGUGGAUGAGGAGCUGCUGGCUGGGGUGCCCCCAAGGAAGUUUGGAGAGGUCCUUGGGGGCGGCUUGCCCAACGCUGUCAGCUUGGACUCACUCAAGAAGGCCUAUGGUGACACGUGGGUGUCACUGAGCGCUCAUUUCGAGGACCGAUGGCCCGGGGAGGAGGGGGAGGCCGCCCUUGACAAGUUCUGUAGCUCCAUGGCAGCCUACUCGGUUAUAUGCUACGUCUUAGGAGUGAGGGAUCGACACAAUGCGAAUAUUCUCCUCUGUGACGAUGGUAGCAUCUGCCAUGUUGACUUUGGUUUUUUCCUCACGAACAGCCCUGGCAAUGUAGCCUUUGAGCCCUCAUUGAAGCUCACUGAGGAGUUGGUGGAAACUCUGGGAGGAGAGGACAGUCGACGAUUUGGGGUCUUUAGGAGAAUGGUAGUCCGAGGCUGCAUGGUCUUAAGGAGAGACAUCGAUACACUGAAGAGCAUGAUCGAAGGCAUGCGUAACGGCGAUCAACGCAACCGUAGAUCAUCACAUUGA